AUGCUUGUCUACCUACUUGUUCAGUUGGUAGCUCUGUUGGCUUCAGUGGACUGCUACACAAUCAAUCCAGACUAUAGUCAACAUAACGACGUCACGAAAAACAAAUCAUUCUAUUUGGAAAAGAGAGCUACCGACCCCGCCGACUUCAGCUGGAUAAAGAAAUGGGCAUGCAUAGGCGAUAGCUUUAGCGCUGGCAUUGGAUCAGGAAACGUUUGGAGCAAUCGGAAAGCUGACGUUCAGUGCAGUCGGUAUGACUACUCCUAUCCUGCCAUCUUGAACAAAAACCUUGGUCCUGCAGUAAAGACUUUCGAAUACUGGGCUUGUAGCGGAGACAAGACAGUGGAUAUCCAUAAUCAAGUCGUCCGAAUGGAUGUAUACAAUCGACUUAGCAGCAACCUUGGUAACAACCUUGACUUCGUUACAUUGACUGCCAGUGGUAACGAUCUAUGCUUGGUGAGCUUUCCCUUCCGUUCCUGUAAGCCCACUGAGAAUACUGACAUAAUCUUCACAGUCUGAUAUGAUCAAGAGUUGUAUCAUGUUUCCAGCAAUCGACCUCUUUAUGAAUAUCGAUGAUGCAGAAUGCAACGCACUCAUUGAGAAAGCACAGUUCAACAUGGAUUCCUUCCUGGGAGAAAACAUCAAAAGUGUCUUGAGAGCACUGAACGAUAAGAUGAAUACAGGAGGCCUUGUGGUCUACAACUUGUAUGCUGAAUAUUUCAGCGAGGAAACUGAGGAAUGCGCGGAAACUCAGGUAAGCUUUGGCUGGAACUCCAACACCAUAGCCAGAUAGAUAUGCUACUAACAAAGAACAGGAGUUUGCUUUCCCCCAGAUUCUCGCGGGCUUAUCGCUUAAGCUCACUAUUGCACGACGAAAGAGAUUCAACGACCUUGUUCGAGGUACCAAUGCUGUUAUUCAAAAGGCAGUUGAUGAGAUUAGUGCAGAUCCUUCCAUUAGGUACAAAAUUGAGACUUCAGAUUGGGGGGUGUGGCCAAAAGAUGCGGUCGCGGGACAGAUGGUAAGGAAAAGGAGUACUUGAGAAUGGGCGCCCCUGCUCUGAGGGAUCAUUAAGCUGACAGAAUAUCGUAACCAGUGUGAACCUGGGUCAUCAGGCCACUACCCUGACGAACGAUCACCAGCCCUUCAAUUCUUCAAGCCUCGAACAUCAGUGUACGACCGAACUGCCCACCAAGAUCUGAAACGAAGCAUGUCACCUGAGGCACAAGACAAGAUUCUUAAACAAUAUCAAAAUAAGCACAAGAGAUAUUGGGAAAACAGCAUUCUCUACCGAAGUGCUGAUCCUCGGGCAAUCGCCAAGUCUCGCUUGGAUUCAAGAGCUCCAGUUCCACCGGGUUACCCAGGAGAUCAUGUCAGUAUAUUUGCGGUACCGGAUCGAGUUGGCCGAUUUUUUCCACCCCAAUGGGCUAGGUCAUGAGACAAUCGCAAGCUUUGCCAUAGCAACCUUAGUUGGGAUGAGAGCCAGUCAGCUUAAUGUUCGUAAUCCCUAUUGCGACGCCAAUAAAGAUGAGUUCAGAUGCUGGAAAAAAGAAGGCGGAAAAGCAUACGCCAACCCUGAUCAGCUAGAAAAGAGUGUCACAAAGUUUUGUGAUAGUGUUAAGCAGCCUGCGAACACAGUUGGAUGGAGAUGGGAACAAAAAUACUUAAAAGACACCCUCGACGAACACAUCAUGUCUAUACAACUCACAAGUAAAGCGUCCGCUUUUGACAAGAAUCAAUGUGUCUCUUCGAUGAAGCAACUUAUCGAAGGUUGUGACGGUAAUGAUCCAAAUAAUCCUUUGAAUGUGAGCAACUCUCCUGUCUCAAUCAGAAGAAGAAUUCUGCUAAUAUAUUGCAGUGGAAGUCGGGCGGAAGAAAGCGUAUUGGUGAAUAUACGUAUGAAGUCAAUCCACAGCGUGGUAAUCGAACUUUCCCUCCAAUCUCAAAGACCGAUGGCUACUGCAGUGGAACCUACCAUUUUUCUCACUCCAGCUACCAGAUUCGAGGGUCAGGAUUCUCUACUUGGGACUAUGGACAAGAAACGCUUCUACCUGCUAUCAAAGGAUGUCUAGGUAAGUGGAUUUUCGAUAUGUUUCUUCGUCGCAAUUGUCAUAGAGAUUUGACUCCUACCCAAACAUCUUGUAGUAUGUUCUCGGAAGGUUAGACUAACCUGUGGCUGGUGGAAUGCAGGUCUCGGUGUAACUGCAUGGAGCUUCAAAUACUUCGACAAACCAGACGGUGAGGCAAACGAAUGGGAAGCUACUUUCAAUACACCUGUCUUUGCGAAUGCAAGAUGCUUUCGAAACAACAAAGUGGUCUUUAGUAUUGGUGGAUUUACCCAUGGCUGUCACGGAAACGACCCUUGA